AAAGCAAAAAGAACGGUUUGGGUUAGUAACGUUGACUUCAGCGUCAAUAAAGAUGGUUUAUUUGGUUCAUUCUCUACAUUUGGUAACAUUUUAGAUAUACAAUUACCAGAGCCACAGGAAAAGUUUAGUAAGAACCCGCAUAGAGGAUUCGGUUUCAUAGAGUACGAUAACGCACAGGAUGCGUCAAACGCAAUUGACAAUAUGGAUAUGAACAUUCUAGCUGGUAAAGUCAUUAAAUGCAACUAUGCUAAGCCAUUGAAAGCUGCCCAAAUGGUCGGUCAAGGUAAUAGAGCGAUUUGGUCUACAGAAGAAUGGAUACAGGAAUAUGGCAAA